AGUAGGAGGCCCGAGGAAGGGAUCGAGCGUACCGAGCCAUCAGGGGUUUGAGAAUUUGUGCUCUCGGGAAGAACGUUAUGCUCGUGCUGGAUGCUGAGUCUCAGUUGUACUCUGUCGCCCACGCACGUAGUACGCACGACGACUCCGACACCACGUGAGUGUGUGAGUGCGUGUGUGCGUGCGUGCGUGUGAUUAUGCAUGUGUGUGAAUGCAUGGACCGUUGAGCUGCGUUCGAACAAGAUCGAGAGUAUAAGAAAUAUAAGAAUUUUCGAACAGAAAUUUAUCCGUAUUCAUAAUCAUCGAUAAAUAUGAUCGGUUGGGGACGUGAUGUUGAGGAUAAUACGAUGCGCCGUAAGAGCGGGCUAUUUAUAAGAUUGCACGAUUAAAAAAUAUUCACGACGACGAUGAUGAAAAGUGAUAUUUCAUUUUUUAUACGCAAUUGAUUUCGAUAUAUAUUAAUUAUUUUGCGCUGGAAGCAAUAUUUCAAUGUCAACCGGCGACGGUUCAUCGAUCGAGGAAUUCUCAUCAUCUUUUCAACAUCACCGAUACUCAUUUUACUCUGUGAUCCAUAGUAAUGAGAUAACAGUUGCUCUUUUCGAGCGGCCACAGUAUUAUGGUAAAGUUUAAGAUGAAGACACCCGAUAAUCGUCGAGGGCACUCGGACAAACGACACCUUACCAACGGGUGGCCGAUGAAGAGUCACCAUCAUCAAUUGGCAUAGUUCAUCAUUUCACCGAGCCAACGACACAAGAUACAUAAUUCUACAUUAUUCUCAUCCAUAAUAAUCAUCUGCCGAGCCGCGCAACAAAGAAUAUGAAAAUGUCGAGAACGGAGAACCGGGACGGUGACCCAAGUCCAUCUUAUCAGCCGAGGCAGUGUAGAACAAACAGCGUUGGUCUCCCGGCUCGGGGAUCGCUGCUAGCGGAAUUACCGUCGGCUGGAAGUCGAUGUCAGCCGCCGAUACCGCGACGUCAUUCCAUUACUCCCACGGUAGCGCCGCCACCGAUACCGUUGAGGCAACCGAUCCCGGAAAGAAAGUCCCACGAAAGACCUAUAUUUUUGAUUCGUAAAGUUGGCGGAACAUCAAUGAGCAUCGAGAGCGAAGAAAAAAGUGGGAAACGAACGGGAGAUUUGAACAAACCAUUGGAUGUGGUUGCAUCGACAAAUAAUUUAAAUAACAUGGACGCAAAACAAACGAAUUUUGACCCAACCAAUUUUUGGAGUGUAAGCGAGCAUGAUUCGAGCAACAGAGAUAAAUUAAUAGAUCUUGAUUCGUCAUCAAGAUCAAUCGGAAGAAAUGAGAAAGUCACAGGCAGCGUUUAUCCUUCCUCGGGUAUAGCUGAACCGAACCCCGAUAACGUUUUGACCGUGGGAAUCGAGCGUCGCGUCUUUCCUACUGAUUUCCCCAGAAAUUUCGAUGAAAGACCGGCUGAAUUACAAUUCAAAUCGAGUUUCGAAGAAUUAAGAAAAGUUUCGCGAGAUCUCGAGAAGCGUCUCCACGACGGCAUCAUCAAAAGCGUCGUUGUAGGUGGAAGCGGAAAACAUUCCAGCGUCGAUUUGCAAUAUGGAAAAAUUCCUGGAAACAUUGAUAACUGGGAAUGCAAAGCUCAAGACACGAAUAAUGGCAGACUACGACACGAGAGAUCCAAGUUCUCAACGGAUUACGGAGACGUUGAGAUGGAAACGCCUCGAAAGGGCUCCGAUUUGGUAAUGGGUCGUCCGCCUCGGCCUCUCCCGUUCGAAGCAGAAACAAGCGAGCCUAAAUUUGAUGUCUUUUCGAGUCCUAUAAUUAUCCGUCGGGAGGCAGAAAAGAAAUCCAAGUUCGAGGCCCUUCAAGCGGCCUCCAGAAGUCUUGAAAAUAAACUCUUGAUGAGCGGACGCGAGGAGACGGGACAUCAAAGGUUGCAGGAAAUUGAAAAGAGAUUUCAAGCGUGUGCGUCCAGCAAAGUCGACGAUUCUGCUAAUCAAACGGUUCGAUCGGACGACCGCGAUCAUUCUUCGGCGGAGAACAAACGUUAUCAAGAAAGAAUCAAUAAUUCUUUCGAGCAUCAGCAACAACAGGGCAGAAGCAAAUACGAUGCGGAUAUGGAGCGAGCGAGAAACAUGCUGCAAAACAAUCAGAAGAAGGAAAUAAAGAGCGAACGUUUGGUGGACAAACUCGUCGACAAACUACCAAAAGCAACCCAAACGAAUCUUCCACCACCGUUGAACAGUAUGAGCCAGAGCCCCGUGCCAAAACCCAUCAGCGUCAGACAGGAUAGCAACGUUUCCUCGGAUAGCUUUAGCCAAACGAGUUCGCCGAGUUAUACGUGCAAGACUAUGGAAGCGCCUCUAUUGCCGCACAAGCAUAUCAACGGGAAAGUACCAGGGAGGGCCCUCGCUCCGGAAACGGAUAACCUACCGGGAAGCCCAAUUACAAAGUCAAUGAGUACACCGGCCAGUCUUCAGACCAUUGUGAGAUUUCAGAAUGGUAGCAACAUGUCGUUACAUCACAGGAUAAUCAGAGACAUGAGGCGGCCAAGCAGCCACUAUGUGACCCGUGGACGCCUACGAUUCCGCUUCGCUCAGGUUCUCCUCAACGCAAUUGCGCUUCUCGCCAUUGCAGGUGGACUUGCGGCCUACUUCAAAUCGUAUCCAAGUGCCAUUCUCAGGAUUGAGGAUAAAACGGUGUACACCGCAACAACAACAACAACGACGGUGCUUCCCGUUCUCGAGCCAAUAAAAACAAUAAUCGAGCCCAAGAAUCCAGCACCGGGGAUUUGUUUGCCUGUUAUCGUCAACUUUUGCAUCUACCAUAAGAUUCCUUACAAUUUCACCGUGUUUCCGAACUAUGUUGGGAAUUUUGGGCAAAGAGACGCCCAGCACGAGUUGGAGCUCUACGAUGCGGUCGUUGACGUAAGAUGCUACGAGCUCGCGGCUCUUUUUCUUUGCAGCGUUUUCGUGCCGAAAUGCGGUUCGAGGGGUCAAGCAGUUCCUUCUUGUCGAAGUCUUUGCUCUCAGACUAUAAGACGUUGCGGGUUUUUCCUCAAAGUAUUUGCUCUCCAUCUACCGGAUUACCUAGAGUGUGACCUUUUUCCUGAAAAUGAUGACUCGGACGUAUGCGUCGGUUAUCGCGAGGUCGUCGAGGCAGCAAAACGGGCAGAGAAACCCGUAUGCACCAGCGGUUUUCAAUGUGACGGUACGAGAUGUAUUCCAGUCGAUUGGAAAUGCGACGGACACGUCGAUUGCGCGGAUCAGAGUGACGAGAUUGGUUGCGGCGAGUGUGGAACAAGCGGCUACGGAAGCGCGAUAAUAAACAAGACUGCCGAUGUAACGACGACGAUCCCAUCGUUCUUGGUCAAUGGAAGAAAAACGAAGAAAUUCAACUCGCAGACUUUGAGCAAAUCUUUCGUUAAACCGAGCGUCCAUUGCGGUGAAAGAAGAUGCAUGUCGGCUAAACAUGUUUGCGACGGUGUUAUGGAUUGUCCAUGGGGCCAAGAUGAGAGAAAUUGCUUAAGAUUGAGCGAUAGGAAUGGCGAUAUCGGCAAAGGACGUCUUCAGAUUUACCACGCCGAGAAUGGGAGCUUCAUACCAGCAUGCAUAGCUAACUGGGAAGAUACCUCGGCAAGAGCGAUUUGCAAACUUCUUGGAUACGAUGCGGUGGAUUCUUCGACGUUGUCGAUGAAAAAUAAUAAUGUAAGCAUGGUGAAGCCAAUAAUGGACACGUCGCAACGUUGGAGGCUUGCGCAAAAAGGACAGGGAAACUUGCUCGAGGAAUUGCAGGAGUGUACGGAUAGAAGUGACUACCAAACCGUAGAGUUGGCGUGUUCGGAAUACGCGUGCGGACGUAAACGCCAAGUGUAUGGAAAUGCAAGAGCAAAAACGAGAAUCGUAGGUGGAACCGAAGCAGUCCCCGGUGAUUGGCCUUUUCUCGCUGCUCUCCUCGGAGGUCCCGAACAAGUAUUUUACUGCGCGGGGGUUCUCAUAGCCGAUCAGUGGGUUCUGACAGCCUCUCAUUGCGUCGGAAAUUUCAGUCAUUCGGAAGUCUCGGAUUGGACUAUACAAUUGGGAAUAACGAGACGUCACGCUCAUAGCUAUCUCGGGGAAAAGCUCAAAGUGAAAAGAGUCGUGCCCCAUCCGAAUUACAAUUUGGGCGCGGCGCAUGAUAACGACGUAGCGUUGUUCCAAUUGGCGGAACGCGUUAAUUUUCAUGAUCAUCUGAGGCCGGUUUGUCUGCCAAAACCGGAAACGGAUUUGGCUCCGGGAACUCUAUGCACCGUUAUUGGUUGGGGGAAAAAAGAGGAUACGGACGAAUCCGAAUACGAACCAGCGGUCAACGAAGUCAGGGUCCCCGUGCUCGAGAGGGCAUUGUGUAACUUGUGGCUUGAGCACAAGGACCUUAACGUCACCGAUGGAAUGAUCUGCGCUGGUUAUCCUGAAGGAAAAAAGGACGCUUGUCAGGGAGAUUCAGGGGGUCCGUUGCUCUGUCAGGAUCCGAAUGACGCAGAGAGAUGGUUCGUGGGAGGAAUAGUAAGCUGGGGAAUAAAGUGCGCCCAUCCGAAACUACCGGGUGUUUACGCUUAUGUACCGAAGUACGUAUCAUGGAUACGCGAGGAAAUGGCCAAAUAUUCGGAGCGUGAUAAGGGCUAACGUAAGAAGAGCGGGUUCAGAGAGCCCCUUAAAAAAAAAACUACAGACAAGGGAUUCAGAAAAAUGUUGGACGAAUGGAUGAUGGACGUUCCGGACGAGAGUUAACGCCGGUCCAGCCGGCCAAUUACUUGCUUCAAUGGGAUUCAUUAUGAGCAUCGAAAAGUCAAGUCUCAGCUCAUAUGAAAAUUAUAUAAGAUGAAUAUUGAUAUUUCGGUAUCCAUAACGAACGAUGAAACGAAAAUAUUUUAAUAUCUUGGCUUUUGAAGAAAACAAUAUUGAGGAAUACUGAAUUAAGAGGAAAAAAAAAAUCUGCAUCAAAAAAAAGGUGAAGGAAGACUAUUUAUACGGAAAAAUAUACCGAGGAUUUUUUGUUUUUUUACAAACCAGCUAUUUUACGAAUUUUGUUUACUGCAAUGAUAUUUGAGGCGUGCUUGAGCUAUUGUAAAUUAUUUGACAAAAGGGACCCGUCGAGUAGGUUGAGGUGUAGAGAUGGACAAAUGCAAAGAAACAUAUUGAAAGCAACGCUCGACGCGUCCCUUUGGCUAGUAUAAUAUUUAUUGUAAAGAUGAGAAGACGUUGCAACUCUCAUUCGUUCUUGACUGAGCGACAAUAAUUCGAUAUAAGAAUAUUUAUAUAAAUACUCAGAAGAAUGUUCGGAUAGUCGAACAUUUGAUUGGAAUAAUCAACAAAUAAUGUCGUGGACGUCGGCGUUAAAGACGCAAUGAGGCAAAGAACAGAAAACUCUGCUUGGCCCAUGCAUUUGAUCGAUGCGUACCAACUAUAGUAAAGUUCAGAUAAAGUACGGCGAUGAGAAAAGUAUAUUGUUUUCUAUUAAGUCGAAUAAUAGGAGGAAAAACUUUUCAACAUGCACAUUAAUACUAAUUGCAGAUGGAGCAUUAAAAAUUUCGCAUAUGAUGCGAUAACUGAGUGAAGGAAAAAAAAAUUAAUAAACCAAAUUCAAUAAAGAAAUAUUAGGAAAGAUUUUUUACGUCGUGGACAAUAAAAUGACGACGGUCCACCAAGUGGUCGAACUGCGUUUUCGGUGUAUAGUUGUAACGGUCGACAAUAAUCAAUAAAUGAAUCAUUCAAGUUGAAUAUAUCUAAUAUAUACAUAAUAAUAUAAUGUAGAAUCUCGAGUCAAUUUUACAGAGCUUUGACGAACCGAAAAAUUUUUUUAGAAAAUCUUGAUGAUUUUUAUUGAUUCGGAGAAUACGAUAAUACGAUAUAUACCAGAGACAAUAACUUAUUUUUGCGUUUGGAAUAAUACGUUUUGACUGUGCACCCUCUGCGAUAAAAUUUAUAUAUUGAUUAUGAAGCAUGUGAUGCGCAACGAUUCAUUAAUAUUGAUGAUCAUAAUAAUGAUAAGCAUGAUAUUGAUAACAGAGGUAAGCGUAAUUGUCUAUCGUGUACCGACGAGUAUAAUAAGAAACAUAAAUUAUGUAAUAUUCAAUAGGAUAAUAGGUCUCUCGUAAAGCAUUGCUUCGAAUUCCGAGGAUACGAGUACGGAUCUACGCUGUGCUUUAAAUAUAGAAACCACAGUAAACUACGCGUAUGCGGAAAUAAGCAGUAAGUUGCUUUGAUUUGAAAGAUUUAAGAAAACAGUCAUUAUUUUCCCGACUCAAAAAAAUACCGCUUUAUCGACAUGUACAUUCGCAUUAUUACGUGAAAUAAGAUGUAUAUCCGCAUGGGUUAUGUGCAAUGAUAUCCUCGUGGCGCCACAACUCAGCUUGUUUGAAAAUGAUCUAUUUUCCUCUGUACUACCCUGUCUGUCUCAUCACGGUGUAUAUCGUAUUUCAUUCGUCUGGACACUUGGUCUGGAUUGUCGCAAUAUCGAAAUAAUGAGAUACGAUUGGGACGGAUUCACCUAACGUAUUCUCGAGCUUUGCUCGCGCGACAUUAAUUCGUAAAAAGCUAUUUUAAUAUUGCUGACGUUACGUUUUCAUUACUGUUUCGGUUUCGUUUAAUAUUGGUGUGUAUCGGUUGCGCUACGAUUGUGAUAUAGCUCACCCAUGCAUGCAUACGAGUAUUUACCGUAAUAAAAAUACUCGUUCAAAAAUGUUAAAAACUAGUAAAUCGAUCUCGUUGAUGCUGAUAUCAAUAUUUUUCUACCGCGCUUCCAUAUGAUAAUUAAAAAGAUGGACGGCUCGGGAACCAAUUUCGAAUGUUCGAGAUGAUAUUUUGCAGCCGUUUUCAUUAUUUGGCCACUCCAAGCGUUGCAGCCGUCAAUAAAAUUUUUAUCUCCGCUUCUACUUGCAUAGCCCACAUAUAAAUGAUAAUAAAUAUAUACGAGUGUGUUAGGUAAAUGAAAAAGAAAAACGUUGACUAAAUUCUAGGGAUAAUACUCUGCACUCUAUGUGUAGAGUGCGAAUCUAUGUAUGUGUAGAUCCAUUACUUUUCAAUUACGGGUUGCGGGUUUGGGUCAGUGAUUUGUCUGCCAAUAAUCAUAUCCAACAACGUAGCCAAAAGUAUAAAAAGACGUUUUUCCAAAUUCCAACCCAAUAUUUUUUCAAGGGAAAAAAUUCUUUCCCAAUCUAAAUCAGGAUUAUAUUUCAUCUUUAAACGGGGAAAAAAUGUUGCAAAUUUCAUGCACGUUUUCAAAGAGAUUUUAGCAAACAUUUUUUUAAUGCUCAAGUCUUUCAGAACUUUCUAUGAAGUUGUUCUAUUUCAUGACCUACUUUUUUUGAAAAAAUGCUACUGUACGUGGUCGAAAACUGAUAUAGAUACAUAUACGUAGAGGAGAGUGGGGUAAAGCGGAACAUCAUGCCUCAUUUUUCUCUACUUUCUCCAACGAUGAUUGUUUAUAAAAGAAGAAGGUCGGAAAAAGAUACAAUCAACUUGUAUUUCUUCGAGAUUGAAAGAGAUAACUAGCAGUGGUAUUGUUGUUAACUGCUGUGAAACACUUUGUAUAAUUUGUCUUCUUGAUUCAUGGUCGUUGUUUUUCCGAAAUGUAUGAACGAACAGAAAAUACACUUUUGGUUGAUAUAUUUCGUUCGAUUUUCCAUAUAUGCUUACGACAAUAAUGAAAUGCUCGAAUCUAUAGUUCAAGUCGUAUAAUUAAAGAAAAAUGAAUGGGACAAUAAAUGUCUUCCUAUUGGUAUCCAGACAACAAACUAGUUGUAACAAUAAAUUUAAAAAUUAAUAAUAUCCGACAAUACUGUGUGAGCAGACAAUAAAUGAAUAACGCUAGGCAAUGUUCCCAGACGGACAAUAAAAUUAAUGUUUAAGGCUUUGACGUAAGGGUAAUAAUGAAUUCGCAUGAAUCAUGAAUUAAUGUUAGUCUUAAACCGAUAAUAAUAAUGAUAUUACCGAUAAUUUGAAUAAUGAUGAUAAUGUUAAUGAGAAUCAAUUUGAAAAGAUUGAAGUUGAGUCAAGGAGGAGGAGAAGGAGGAAAAACACAUUUUCUUGGAGAUGACAGUAUUGAAUAACGAGUUUCAGGCAUUUGUGAAACAAUCAUUUUAUUCCCCUGUACAUCGGACACAAAAUGUUCUAUUGAAAUAAUCGUUAAUAUAUCACAGACAAUCAGGUAGAUAAACGUUUACGUAUUUCGCAAACAUUUUUGCACAUUUUCCAAAGUGUCAUCUCCGAGAGUGUUCGAAACGCGAUGCCGCCGCGUCUUUAGAUACGUGUGAAGCAUGAGGCUGGCUGGGAGGAAUAAAGGCAUGCUUUGUAUGGGAAAAAUCCAAGCGUAUUGUACAUUAAGUGAAAUAAAAUUAGAAGAAUAAUAAUAUAUACUGUAUAAAGAAUGUAAAUUUAGUUGACGCGUCAAAAGUGGACUGUCAAUUGAUUACUAAGGUUUAUCAACUUUCCAUUCGUAAAGCUUGAAAUUUUGAUUUCAUUGAUUUUUUUUUGCGUUUUACGUUGUUUUAUUACGAGCUGCGUUCGUAACGCGCGAGAAAGUAAAUGACUCGAUUUUGUUCGUAAUAUCGAAGAAAAUGAAAAGCCAUGCGGCGAGCCAGUGUGCUGCGAUUCGAAAUGACAUAAUACCAAAUUGUUUCGGUACACGUUCGAGUGUAAAAAUUUUUCGAAAGCUGCAAAAAACUCGAGUCAAAGAUAAAACUUAUGAAUAUUAGAGUAUAUUUGCAACAAUAAUAAUUAAUUCGAUAAGAGCGUCCUGUUCGAUAGGUAAAACGUAUAUCGACAAUACGUACAAAUAAUCAUGCUGUAUAGGCUGACAGUCCGAGGUGCAAAAUAUAUACAUGCACUGAACGAGACUUAUUUUAAUAGAUCGGUGAUGGUGAGAUAUAUCAUGUAGAAUGACGAUCUCAAUUUGUAAGCCUUUUUGGAGGAGAUUUUCAACGGGUAAAUAUCAGUCAAUACGUCAUGACGUAGUCAAUGCGUAGGAUCAUAGCGAAUGUAAAUUCCUAGUGCAGAUAUACGAAUAAAAUAGUAGAGUCGAAUUCUCGGGAUGGUAAUCUCAGUAAGUAAGUGUACUAUCGCUUUAAAUAUCCUAUAACGAAAUACUGCGCACAAAAGUUACACAUUUCUGUGAGAUAGACAGAUACUUUUCAUCGCAAGAAAAAUAUGAAAAAUGUGAAACUACUCCUGUCAAGUCAAUGUUGAAAGAUCGGUGAAAAUAAUUAUACAUAAUAUAAUAAGAUAUACGGUAGAAAAUAAUCGAUGUGUCGGGACUGGAAGGAGAAAAGAACGAAAAUUAUAUAAUUCUCGUUUAUUACGGAUAAUACGUCCAGUAAAAAAGAAAGUGACGAGAAAUAGAAUAGGAAAAUUAUAUCUAGAACAAUAAUCAAUAUAGAAUACAUUAUUGCGUGUUCGAAGUUAAAUAUUUGUGAAGAAUUCGAUCGGUCCGUACAAGAGAAUACAAUCGUCAUUUACUCCGUCAAAUUAUACGUUUCGACAUAAAAGAAAAAGAAAAACUAAAAGACAACAUGGGUGAAACCAAGUACCGUUAAUUUUUGUCAUAUACACAUGGCUUUCAUCAUUGGUACUCGUGACUCUCGCUCAAAUAUCGAUGUUGAAAUUUAUAUUAGACCGGUAGUUAAUUCGUGAGCAGUCAUAAGAUUGUGUGGAAAACUGUUUUAUGUUGAAUAUCGAAAUUGUUACUGUUUUAGAAAUUGUAACGCUAUAAAAUUGUGUGUUAAGAUUCGUGAUAUAAUCUCUUGUAAAAGACAACCUAUUAUUUGUACAUUUUUAUUAACACUGCACUCGGGCUGGGUCCGUUUUGUUUCUUUUUAUAAGUAGAAAAAUAAAAAAAGAAUUUUAUCUUGUCAGUUAUCCACAGCAACAAUUUGGAACAAUAUUUUACUGAUUAUCAUCACAUAAUGAUGAAAAAAGAUUUGUACCGUUGGAAUCGAGUGUCAAAUGUAUUUUCAGUCUUACAUGAAAAUUUGAUCUUUAACAAAAAUAUACAAUCGAUAAAAUAUAACAUUACGAAUAAAUCAGCGUCGUCGCUUGAUGUUCAGUGCACAAUAUGAAUCGUACAAUCAAUGGUUGAUGUACUCGAUAUAUAUAUAUAUAUAUAUAUAAGAAGAGACAUAUAUCGCGCAGCGUGAACGCUCAAUGCAGAUGGUUUAUUUCUAACCUAACGCAUAUACGAGAUUUUAUGGUUUAUUUUAUAAAAAUGAAACUUUAUCUCAUAUUGUUAUCGUGACCGAUAAUUUUAGUGUUUAGUAGCACAAGUUCGAGGUUCCUAUUCACUUUCAUUUUUAUUUACUCAACGAAAAAUAUUAUAUAUUUAUGCUGAGAAUUAGCAGCUACAGAAAAAUAAUAAUAAUUGGCGUUAAUAAUUGGAUGUAUUGUUGUUGUGAUCGAUGCGUUGUUAGCUUGAAGACAGAAAAUCAAGCAUCCAAAUGGUAGAGAGUAUAUAGAAAUUCUAUAUAGAAAAGCUGUAAGCUUGAUGAUCAGCCUGCUCGCCAAAUUCGGUCAUUGAUAAAACUAUAUAGAUUCCCUUUUGAAAAACAUCCACAAGUAUUUUCGAAAAAAAAAAAAAAACAUGAAAUAAUAACAAAACAGAAUGGAUUUAAAGCUUCCAAUGCGUUCGAACAAAAAAGCCUAUGUUAUUAUAUAUUCAUAAUGCGGUGAGAUUAUUUAUUGAAACAGAGCCGUUAGUGACGCUUGCUGGUCGAGAGUCAUACGCGUUGUGUUGCAUUGACAGUUAAAAAUGAAGGAUUACUAAUAUUACGUGUUAAUUAUACUGAUCAAAAGACACUGAUCGCGGUUGAUUAGACGCGAAAUUGAACUUUGUCCGAGGUUGGAAAUUUUUUUGACAAGAAAUUGGACUCGUGUUUAUUUUUACAAAAUGUUCGACUUAUCGUGUCCGGAAAAUGUAUAUUAUUUUAUUGGCAAUUGAGGUGGUCCUCAUAUCCGAUACAUAUCGGUAAUUAAAUUCGCUAUCGUAACCAAAAUAAUCACGACUGAUUAACGACAGGUAAAUCUUUGAUUCAGACGAAUGUCGCGUAAGCGUUUUGCAAAAAUGUACACGAUAAUCCGAUGAUUAUUGUUUAACGCACGAUACGAGAUGCUACAAGAACUUUUUGGAUUGAUACAAAGUGUUUACAUAUUGAAAAAAUGAUGAAUGACAAAGGGAAAAAAAAUAUUGUAUCUCAACAUUAUGAUGUGCUGCAUUGAAAGAUAAAAACAUAUUGAUAUGACAGUGUAUAUUUAUGGAAACUGCGUGUUGGCAAAUAAAUUGUGUAUUCAGAAUA